UAUUCAGUUUCUUCUUCCUCUUGUUACAGAACAAUCCUCUGCUUCUUUCCAUCGUGUGCCCUAGCCGCGCCGUUCUACCCUCACCGUUCGGUGACGAAGUGCACUCACCACCCACCGUAACGAGAUUUUGAAGCAACGCUCUCAUUGGAAUCACAAACAUGUCCUCUUCUUUGCCCCAAACCGAAGAAGGACAAGCGGCAAUUCGAAAACUCACGAAUGGACCAACAGAGUGUGAAGAGUGCAAAUCGAACCCAUGGAAAUACACGUGUCCCGGUUGCUCCUUACACACGUGCAGUCUUCCGUGCGUGAAAUCACACAAAGACCGAACUGGGUGCAGCGGGAAGAGGAACCAGACUCUGUUUGUUCCUCUUUCGAAGUUCGACGAUAAUAUCCUUUUAUCAGAUUAUAGUUUGCUGGAGGAGGUGAAGAGAGUGGCUGAAUCUGCUCAGAGAAUGAGAUCUAAAUUAGGCAUUCAUUCAUAUUUCAAGUUACCUUAUUCACUUAAAAGCCUAAAGAAUGCUGCUGGGAGCAGGAAAACCCAACUGAUGUUUCUACCUCACGGAAUGUCGAAAAGACAGAAAAACCGGUCUAGAUAUGAUCAAAGGAAGAAGUUUAUAUCUUGGACAAUUGAAUGGCGUUUUCACUCAACAGAUAUUGUUUUACAUGACCAUGGAGUUGGUGAAAAUUCAAGCUUUUGCUCCAUUCUAGAGAAGCACCUCAAACCUGGUCCAUGGAAUAAUCAGCUAAGGCCAUUUUGUGAAGUCCAGCUGGAUUCUCUAAAGCUUUUCAUUCGUAAAAACCCAAAGGGUCCUAAAUCACCUUUCAAAGAGAUCGAUAUUAAACUGCCAAUCAGAAAGCAAUUAGCAGAUAUAGUCAUUUUGGAGUUUCCUGUUGUUUUUGUUCUCUUGCCGUCUCACAGAAUCAAUUUUGAAGUUAUUAUGGAUGUGAAUACAAGAAAGCAUAAAUCACCACAGAAAGACAGUGAAGAAAAUCAAAUCCCGCAAGGGUUAUCAUUUAGGGAGGAGGUAAUAGAAGAUGACAACAGCUCUGUAGAUCCUCAGGUUUUUGAUAUAAUGAAGCAAGUGGAAUCAAGUUUACCACAAGAAUUGAUGACCCAAAAUACGAGUUCUGAGAUAGCACCAAAUGAUUCCUCCAACAAGUCUCUGUUUGAAGGAGACACCGGAGGUGAUCUUUCAAAUUCAUUGACAGAAACCCAGAAUCCAAAGUUACCUGAAGAAAUAGAUUUUUACUUCGAUCAAGAUUUGAUGGAUUUCUAUACUGACAUUUUGGAUCAAACAAAUCCUAGUGAUCUUUUUGAUUUUGAUAGUGAUUUUGCCAAUAAAACAGAAAAUAAAAUAGAUAUAAUUGGUGCUAGUGAAUUGUUCCCCUUGCCAAAUGAAUUGGAGGAAGGGGAAAUCCCCGAAUAAUUGGUAACUAUAAUUCACUUCUGCUGAAUAAUUGGAGAGAAAGAGAAAACAUUCACAGCACCAAUAAUACAUGUUGAGGUUGAGGUACAGUUGUGUGGACAUGAUUGAAAAAGCUCGUGCAUUCAGCAUGGCAGAGAUUCAAGAUUACUAGCCUUUUGUCAUAAUUGAUCACCAUAAGGAAUGACAGUAAUUUUCAGUUUGGAUGCAGCAAUGGCUUCGUAAUCCUUUCUUGAAGAUCAAGGUGCUCCCAUGCAUAACGAUUCAGACACACAACAGAAGCCACGGUUGUAUUUCUCAUCACUUGAGCGUAAAUUUUGGUAUUGGAUUUCACUUUUUUUUGUUUACAUACUUUUGUGGAGGAGUUGAUUUCAAAUGAAUAGAUAUUUUUUCCAGU